AUGCUACAGAACAAAGAAAAGAACGCAAUUCAGUUUUCUAAGACAGCUGAAAACCUACUCUAUACUUCCUGUUCAAUUAACAUCCAAGUAACACGUAACGCAAUGAGGUUCUUGCAAAUUUUGAUGAUAACUAUUUGCUUAACCACACCAUUGGUGUCAUCCUUUCAACCGAGUCGAUUAUCAGAACUUGAUUUGGAUGAUCCUUUUUUGUUUCAAAAGUUAUUAUAUAAAUCUCCAUCAAUAAAAGAUUCUAAUGAAGGUGGUUACAAAUUUAGCGGGAAUGAAAUGCGAUAUGGUCGAUAAAAAGGGAACAUUUGUCAAUUCAUAUCACAAUGAGUUCACUGAUGUCUAACAGUUAAAAAAACAAAUAUCAAGAUUCGUAAAUAAAUAUUUAUGAGAAUAUUAUCACAAGAAAUCUUUUGAAUAUUACAUGCUAUCUUUUCAAAAAAAUACAAAGUGCAAACUGAAUAUGUACCGUGAUAAUAACAAUAAUGAUCACUAAAUCAUUGUUUUUUAUAACUAUCUGUGAUAAAGUAGUCUG